GCAGAAGGAAUAGUGUCCUGGCUGGUUCCUCCUGAGAAAUCGUUCGCAUUGCUUCGAUCAGCCGAAGAGAAAUCCGGGAAGGUCACGUCUGUUGAAUCGGUGGCGAAAUCAGCGUGGUGAAGAAAUUUAUUAUAUUUUAUCCCGUUGCAACCACCAGACGACGAGACCGCUUGCAUCCUUUGUGGAAAUGGAAAACGGAAUGAAGUCGAUGAGCAGACUGGUUAAUUGAAAUAAAUUCACGUGAAUGCACGAAUUUCUAAAUGGAACGCACACCGUUCGCGGAGAUCAAUUGUCGAUAAACGGAGUCACUUAGUGAACUUUGAGCACUUGAUCUCUACCAAUUUCUAAUCGUUCAGUAAAACGAUGGGUGCAUCGAGGCCGCGUCAUUGGCUUCUAGCUGCAGUCAUCCUAAGUCUUUCCUCGAGUUUGAUGACAAGCGAGGUAGAGCAAUUUACGAAAUCUGAUUCCUCGGUUGUCGAUGUGCGAAGAGAUGAAACCAAUCAUACCGGGGUGGUGACAAUCCGCCGGCGAAGAUACGUGCGAUUUCCAACAGGGUCUGCUUAUCUCCUCGAGGCCGGUUCAACGCCACAUGGCAGAAAUUUUGGGUCGCAUCCGGUCACGCGUUUCAUUCCGCAGACUCAAUUCCCAGGAUCGUGGAGACAACACAAGUCCUUCUGGAGAACUCCCGCCGAUUACAACAGACCGAUGGGACCGGUGAUGUCCCAUCGGACACCACGACUGAUAUUCCGUGACAACGACUUCCUGCCGCCGGUCGGAGGUGGCGCGGCUUCCUUUUUCCAGCAGUCUAAUCAGUUGCCAGAUUUCGAGGACGAUAUCAGAGAUCUCCGGAAACAGAUGCCGGAUGAUUACCCUAGAUUGGAAACAGAGAUGCGCCAACAAAAAAGACCGCUGUGGAAAGGCGACGAUACGUUGUGCGCGGACGGACGGAGCUGUGAAUUUUUUCUAAUGUGCUGGAUGACUGCUGGCCUAUUGGACGGCAGCUGCGGCGGCAUUAUGUACGCAUGUUGUCAGCGGAAAGACCCUACUAAAGCUCUCACUGAUUAUAACCUGAUCGAGUCACCUAGAGAUCAAUCUCGGCCACUUCCGCUGGAUUUGUACACGGAGACCGACAGCGACGAUCGUUGCGGCAUACCGAUCGUCUCGAAACAAAUCGCGCAGAGGAGGAUCGUUGGCGGUGACGAGGCCGGUUUCGGCAGUUUCCCGUGGCAGGCUUACAUACGGAUCGGUUCUAGCAGAUGUGGCGGCACUUUGGUCAAUCGAUUUCAUGUUGUCACCGCUGGGCAUUGCGUUGCAAAAGCGUCGGCGAGACAAGUCCAGGUUACUCUCGGCGAUUAUGUGGUGAAUUCCGCGACCGAAUCUCUGCCAGCUUAUACUUUUGGAGUUCGAGAAAUCAGAGUGCAUCCUUAUUUCAAAUUCACGCCACAAGCAGACAGGUUUGAUGUGGCCGUGCUUCGAUUAGAUCGACCAGUUCAUUACAUGCCCCAUAUAGGGCCUAUAUGCCUACCAGAAAAAAACGAAGAUUUUCUAGGGCAAUACGGCUGGGCUGCGGGAUGGGGUGCUUUGCAAGCAGGUUCUAGAUUACGGCCGAAAACAUUACAAGCGGUAGACGUGCCCGUGAUCGAUAAUCGUCUCUGUGAGCGGUGGCAUCGGUCCAAUGGCAUCAACGUCGUCAUUCAUGACGAGAUGAUGUGUGCCGGUUACCGCAGCGGCGGUAAGGAUUCGUGUCAGGGUGACAGUGGAGGUCCAUUGAUGUUGGAGAAAACUGGCCGAUGGUACCUCAUCGGCAUUGUCUCCGCAGGUUAUUCCUGUGCACAGCCAGGUCAACCAGGGAUCUAUCAUCGCGUGGCCAAGACUGUCGACUGGAUCACGUAUGUCAUAAACUCGUAACGCAUCCUCAACCGCUGAAGAACUAUUCUCAGGAGGAGAGAUCUUGAGAAUCCUGAAGAGCCGCGAACUUUGCAUGACACAAAAUUCGGGCAUCUUUCAUGUCGGAGAAUGAUUUCCGGGAUCUAGAUCACGUCUGAGAAAUUAUUCUUCGAGUGAUUAGUCUGAAAAUCAACGUGACAAAAGAGUUUAACGAGGAGGUUAAUUUAAACUGACUUCCAGAAAACGGACCAUGCCUAAUGAAA